AUGGCCCGGGCUGGCUCCUUGAAGAUUCCAGGAUUUCCCCAGUUUGAAUCCGUUGUGCAAGAGAUGAAGCUGACCAAGGAGAUUGCAGCCCCACAGUAUGAAGUCACAGUUGCCCUCUCCAAUGGCACCUUGGCCAUAAAAGAAAAUUUGGUCGAGUACUGGAGCAAGGAAGAGCAUCUCUUUUCGGUGGAGAUGGCCCGCUUACUUGUCGAGCACAACAAGAAAUACAAUCCACAUGGUGUGAAGCGAGGUGCCUCGACAUCCCCAUCGGCUCAGACAGAAGAAGGAGGACCAACGAAAAAACCGAAGAUUGAAGCAACUGUGAAGCCAGUGGAACAUGAAGCGCAGAUGUCUGACAAGUUGGUGCUGAACUGUGGCAACUUCCGUCUGGUCUAUGACUUGCAGGAAGAGACCUUGUUUCUGGGUGUGGACGAGAAGGUGACCAGAAAGACAGGCUCAAUUCAGGUUGGCCCCACUGAGAUUUUCGGGUUUGGCAGUGGAGAGUUCGCUGAAGGACCAGAAGCGACUGACAUCAUGUCAGAUGCGGCUGGCAGGUGGAUCAACUACAAGCUUGGAAGCGACUCUGACCUUUUGAUUGCAGAGAGCGACAAAAGGCUUGCUGAUCAUAUCCGAUCCUGUGACAUCUUUGGAAAAGUGAUUUCAUUCAAAGAGCUCAUCAAAACCCUCCAGAACCUGGGCGAGAUCAACGUGAAGGUUUCCACACACAUCUCUGACAAGCAGGAUGGUGGUGGAUCGCUUUUCCGCUCCGAGAAAGUGGUUUGCUUCGCCCUUGACCCUCCAAAGGAGCCAAAAAAGAAGAAGGUAACUUCCAGCGCAACCACGUUCGGAGCAAAGCUGUCGCUGAGCAAGAUCCGCUCCAACCAGAAUAUCAGGAUCAUUUGGCGAAUGAGGUUGCAACCUGGGCUUGAACUUGUGCCAAUCCGACCUGUGGCACUCUUGCAUGGCGAAUACCAAGAUGUGAUGAUAGUUGCCAUGAACCCUGGCCAAAAGACUUCGGCCCCUUCGAACCCUUCAGCCUCAACUUCGAAAGCUGCAGCAUCGGCAGGCAGCACAGAGCCUCCUAGACGUCGAGGGGCCACGAAGGCUGUAAAGGAUGACAAGGAGGAUGAAGAGGAAACGACAGUGAUGAAGAAACCUGCUACACAGUCAAAGUCAAAGAAAAAAAGUGAGUAUGAUGAACUUUUCAAUGAUUUCCUUGAUGACCAUGACAACGAUGAUGGAGAUGAAGAUGAUGCUGAUGAAGCGUGCCCUGGUGGUUCAAAGAGAAGUCGCAAGAAGGACAAAAAGGAAAAGAAGACCGAACCAAGCAAGAAGAGCAAGAAAAGCCACCAGAAAGAUAAGGAGUCAACCCGCAAGAAGCGCAGGCAUGCUGAUGGUACUGGCAUUGCUGAAGAUGACAGUUGCGAUGAUGAGGAGGAAGGUUUUUGCGCUGUGGUGGAGGAUGCCUACUCAAAGGUGGGUGAAGUGGAGCCGACACCAUUGCGAGCAACUGCAGAGCAGCUCUCCAAGUGCAUGAGUUUUGAGCGACAGGCAGGGAAAAGUCAAGAAAAACAACCCUGUUAUGUGGGCAUAGUUACUGUUGAACAUUGUUUGUUUUCUUGGUAUCGUGUUGGAAGGCAACCCGAUUAG